CGAUUAUUUUCCCGAUGAAAGCCAGGUGGAGCCAGGGGCCGGCGACGCGCCAAUGGCCUACACACCCCGUUAGUUAGUGACCGUGCGCUGGGGAUACCCGUUUACGAGCCCCCCGCGAUUACAUUAUAGCACUUUGUCCGAAACCAAAAUUGGUGUGGCCCUCAGGUCGACACUUACGCAACGCACCUGAAGCAACCUGAGAUCAAGCGACGCGCCGCCGGGGCAAAGUUUAUCGCGAUACUAGGCCUUCCAGCGACGCUGGCCCCUGCAUCAACGGAAGGAUUCUAGAAGUCAACAGCUGAAGGAGGAUGUGUGCCUCAUGGCGGACUCCAUUGUACGAGAUUUCCUUCUCGAUUGUAAGUCAGUGACAGAGGCUGAAGUUCACACCUUUGCCAACACGAUACGCGACAACAAUGAGCUGAUUGAGGCCAUCAUCCUGGUGCUAGAAGAGAAGGAGUAUCACCGGGAUUUUCUGGAGCCCCUGUGCGAGCAGCUGUUCAUCUUCUUUCAAGCCCAGGAAGAGGCAUUGCGUCAGUUCGCUCACUACUUCCUUCCAUGCGUGAUUGGCCACUACCUCAGCAGUGUGCACAGGAGGGACCUGCGAAAGUCCCUCAACUGCCUGGAAAUCCUUUUGCUGGGUGCUUAUAAUCUGCAAAUCCUCGACCAUGAGGGCAAGCCGACGACGACGACGUACCACAUCCCGAGCAUUAGCAAGCCUUCGAUAUACCACGAGCCCAUAUCGCUGCCACAACCCCAGCUGACCGAAAACAUGCUGUCCAAACUGGAGCAUGGAGACAGCAAAGUGGUGCAAGGCCCAUACCCUGCUGUCGAUGUGAUGAGUGCGAGCAACAGGCUGCAGGUGGCCAUUGUCCUAAUGCGUGUCUACAACCAGUCCAUCAGCUCCAUGCCUCAGGCAUCCAGAGCCUCAUUCUGCAAGAUGUGCUCAAGGGUGGUGAACCAAGGAACGCUAGAAACUGUUCGGCGGAUGUCCUUCGACAGCAGCUUGCCAUCCAGCUUUGCACCGCGUGUCAACUUGAAUCCGCAGAUCCUCCUGGAAAUGCUGCAAGCUAUAUACUACUCCAUGUUCAAUGGUCUGUUUGCCCUUGCGCAUCAAGCCCUGAACGACAUUCAUCGGCGAGCCAUGCAGCAAAUGUACUGCGAUGUCUUAGUGGUGACAAGCGCUGUCAAGAACUCGCUAAUGGCUAGUCAGUGCGGACAACCAGCUGAGGGCCCGAUGGGCAUCAGUGUGGCCAUCUCACCCACCACCUCUACGACCACAGUCUCGAAGGCCAUCAUCACCAAUGCCUCCUUCCGCACCAAGAAGCUUCCAGAUGACAUUCCAAUCCCAGAAGACAAUAUGGACAACCUACCACUGCCAACCGAUGCGGGCCUUCUGGGCAUCAUCAAAGAGGAAGGCGAAGAGGUGGCUGGAGGUGCCAUUGCUGGUGCCAAGGCAAUGAUGCACGGCUUGCCUGGCGUGCGCAAGCUUGUGAAAGGCAUCACACGCAAGGAGUCUACGGACAAACCUGCUCCUGGUGCUGCCGCCACUGGUGUAGCAGACUCGAAGAGUCCCAUGUCCGCAGAAUCUCAGCGGACGCACGAGACCAUGUCGGGGCAUCAGUUCUUGGACCACGCGCCAGCUGGUUUCGAGCAUGUGUCAGACACUCGGAAAAGCUCGUCAAAGAGCAAAGAGACGGACAAGCAGGCCAGCACGCGCUCCGCAUCUGCAUCGCGAAGUACUGCGACGAAAGAAACCGGGGACAAAACCAGCAAGUCAGACCGAAAAGAUUCAUCCCGGAAAGAUACGCCCGACAAGAGCAGCAGGAACGAACGGAAGGAACCUUCAGAUGCCAGCGGAAGAAGCAGGACAGAGCAGAACGGUGGCAGCGCAGAUUCCCAGAGCAAGGUCUCGGCGAAAAGCGAAAACUUAGAGGCACGAAACGGCAUCGACAAGCACGAGUCGUCGCACGAAACUGUGGGGUCCGCGGAACUUAAACAUUUGGCGACUGCCGAGAACGCGUCGUACCCAAGCAACUCGAAGAGCGAGGACAAGCCGCAUCGAACCACGCAGGUGUGAAGAUGUGUGUGGAAGUGAUCACGUUGUCUCCUAACAGGCCUAGCAGUUGUGGUUUUCUUUCUUUGUUGUCAUCAUGUUUUCUGUUUGCUGCAUGUGAAGGCUGGCGACACUUAACAGUAGUGCGGAGUGUGGGCAUGUAUAUGGUGUAUCGUAGAUGUGCUCCAGCAGCACACAGCCUGUACUUACAAAAGCCUUUCUGACUCACUUACCUCUCUUUUUCGCGUAAAAGAAUUUAAACGGAAUUUCAAAGCAAUACCUAAACAUUGUGCCAUGGCUGUGAAGGAGUUUUAUGCUGAUCGCAGACACGGAAUGGAUAUGCGCUUUAGGCAACGAGCAAGUUCAGUCCAUCAGCGGGAGUGCACGAACUCCGUGCUCCUAAAUCUCGGUGCCAAUGACAGCAGUGGCCCUAGCGGGUGCAAACAUUGCAAUACAGGUGUUCCUUGUGAUCUCGGCACAUGCUGUUAUGUGUUGCACUUCCUGUGCACAUUUGUUUCCUGUAUCGUUUGUAACACCUGUUGCAAUGUUGUAUGGACAGCUUUCUAUUUUGUUUGUUUCUUUGCCUAGAAACUGCGUUCCAUGUUAUAUGUACAUAGCUCUGUAAGUGACCCACAUUUUUGUACCCCAAGCGUGCAGAGGCUUGGAGUCAGCCUUCACAGUGUUUCCAAAUACUCUGCCGAGAGCACGAGCGUCCUCGUUUUACUCACUGAAGCUAAAGGUAAACCCCGUGUAUAUACAUAUAUGUAGUUAAGGUUGAUGCACUUGGCUAGCACAGGAACCCGACGAAACGAGGGAUCCACUGCCUUUCGCCUUACGUGCUGAUUCGUAGAGAAAAAAAUGAACCGGCAACAUGACAGUUUCCGAGUGCCUACAUUGUUUCCUUGCUCUCUUUGCGGCAUCUAGAUGUAGACUUAAGGAACCUGUUCGAAACAAGGUAUCUGUGAUUGAUGUGUCUCGACUGCCCACCUUCUUAGUUUCCUCGCGAUUCCUUUGCAAUGGUGUGUCUUGUGUUUUGUUCUCUUGCUUCUUCAUUCCUGUCGAUGUAGCUCAAUUUGUCGUUUGUGCUAGUGUGGGUGUGAUGGCCUCACGUGGCCAUCUCUUGCUGUCAACAACACCGUACUGCCAUUGAUGUAGACAAACUGAAAACACCAGCGGAUGAAAGUUGCACAGGGUGCUUUUAGCACGAGCUCAUAACAGUUCUCUUGCAUAGGUGCUUGCAAAACACAAGGUCAGGCCCGAGGUUGUUCCAAAUGUGGUUGCGGAUGGGAGUGAGGCAUUGAAUUCUUUAAAACGAACUUCCAUGUAUGAUCUUCAUUGCGGUGCUGAGGCCCCUGCACUUUCUGCAUUUGUUUAGGCAUUAGUGAUUUGCUCAUUUUGGUUGGCAACAGGAUUGGGAGCCAGCCAUGGUGCUUACAAGUACAUUAUGCAUGAGAACUCUAAGAGCCAUUGCCUCGUCAGAUACGUUGCGCACUUGAGAGGAUAUUGAACAGUGAGCAGUGCUGUCGAUUUUAUGUCUGUAAAAUUGAUGUCAUAGCUUGAAACGUUUAUCUAUCCAUUAGUCUAACUAUUGGUAGGUGUUUUCUGCUAGCGCUGUGGCGUCUCUGAUUGCCUGAAGCAGUGAUAGAAGGAAUGGGGGACUCAAACUUGCUUACAUGCCACGUUUGCAUUUAAACAAAAAUUUUUCAACUUUUUAUUGUGCUUAGCGAUGGUGCUGCGGGUUUUUCGAAAUGCAACAGGCACGCAUUCCAGAUGCACCUGGUGUAGUUCUUUUUAUACGUUUUUUAAGCAUCUUCAUAGUUACGUUUGGCAUUCAGUUUCGUACUAGGUGUGAUGAAAAAUGGCAUUCUUUGUGUGAGUUCUCACUUGCAUCCACUACCUGCUGUUAGAACAGCGCUUUCGUUGCCUUUUUUUUUUCUUUUAUCUUUAUGCACUGUGGCCUUUACUAUAAACAAUGCCACCCUUGCGUGUUUGCUAGGAUUAGUAUUACAUGCUACUAGUAUAUGUGAUUCUUUGUUGACCAUCAGGAGGGAAGGGGCCGGGACUGAAGGGGAAUUGGGCUGAAGUUCUCUCAAGUUCACAUCCCUCACACAUUUAUUUGCACACCCGCAACGAAGUGUGCAGUGGUGCGAGGAGCGAUCAUUUAAGAGUUAGUUUUCUUUCGUUGGCACACAGGCUCUUGCUGUUGACAAGAGUGAGUGAUGGGAGCAUCUCAUCAAGCUCGCUCUUGCCCUCUUGCAUGAACAUCUAUAAGUCACAGGCACAUUCUUGUGAAACGUGGUAAAUCGAAGCACGAGAGAUUUUGUGUAAAUCGCCCCGCAUUUCACUGGUGCCGCAUGCUCGUUUCAGUUACUGUACAAAUGUAUGAGAAAGAAAAAAUAUUCAGGGCUGGCACUCUCAUCUCUACAAAGCAGUAAUGACUUUUGUGGCUUUCUAUCUCCUGUUGAAAUAGCCUGCAUGUAUGCAUAUGCGCCAGCUCCAGCAUCUGCCACUUAACAGAAGUCUGCUUGUUCUGGUUACUGCUGAUCUGUUUUGACUGGUAGACUGUUCUGGCUGCUACAUCCAGGCCAACAUGGGUUGCCUGAAUAUCGUUGAAGCAUGAACCAUUUACCAAGUUGUAGGAACACGAUAUGGGUGGCCAGAUACAAUUUGUAUAGUGCCAGAUGCAAACUGAAUAGAAUAUUCUGUCAAACAGUUUUCAAAUAAGCCAGAGCUUUUUCAUCAUUAAUUUUAAAGUUUCACAUCCUGGUAUUCAGAACAUUAUAGCAUUUGUCAUUAUGCUGCAAAUUACAAAACAUGUUUUGUUUAAUAAUGCAAAGGGAGCAUCGUGAACUAACGAAAUAGGCAGUUGGUUCACAAAUUUAGGACUUUCAGAGUUCAUGGUUCUGUAUUAUUCAAAGGCAGCUUUAUUGACCAAAUAGUAUGUGUAUACUUUCUAUACUUUCGCGACCGUGUAAAAAGUGCGGGCUGUCUUUAGUGAUAGCAGUGAAAUAAAGGUGCUUUCUGGCUCAAGUGCAUGCUGGUGCCACUAUCUUUCAAAAUGUGCUGCGAUGAAAAUUUUUUAGUAUGCAUAUAACUGAAUGAGAGUACAUGAGUUCUGCAUCUUCUAUAAAUAGUACCUAACCAUAUGCAUUGUGACAUCUUAUUAUCAAUGAUUAUGAGUGAUCUCGUUAACUGAAGAGCUCCGUCUGAGUGCUUUAACAUGCUGCACGCUUUACAUCUUGAAUGAGAUAAUCAUUACUACAGUAAAAACCCAUUAAUUCGAACUCGGUUAAUUCGAACUGAUGCCCUGGUCCCAGCGUAGCCCUGUGUAUUUAUAUGGGGGAAAACUCCCAAUAAUUCGAACACGUCGGUAUCCACAACGGCUAAUUCGAGCUGGAAGCCCCUGGUUUUUAUUGCUCGUCUCAAAAGUCAGCCCAAAGUGAUCACAAUGUGUUGCAAUACCAAACCAGACCAAAUUUACUAUAGAUGCAAAACAACGAAACCGUAGCAUUUCUUAGCAGAUGAGAAUUCGGACGCUGUACUGGAGCUCUUGGGCAAGCUCCAAACGAUGCUCAUGGAGUCGCAACAGGGGAAACGCAAGCAACUGCAAAUUACUGAUUAGAUUUUAUUUUGAUUGCGUUCACUAUUCCAUGUAAAUAAACGUGUUUUGGAGCAUAAAUAACGUGAUAUAUUUGGCAUUAGGGCUCACUGCUCACAUGAAUGCAUGUCGGGGCCUGUUACUGGCGUAUCACCGACUGAUCAAGUAAUUCUGUUCGCUGUUAGAGGUCCAUGAACAUAAUUUACAAAAUCACUUGCGACUAACGCGCCUAGUUUGUGAUAACGAGUCCAGAGGUAGCUUCUUUGAGUUCUGCCUGCGACGUGUGGUGCGAUGGUCCGUUCAUUGUGGCGCCCGCCCACUAAUUCGAACUCCGCUUAAUUCGAAGAUUUUUAUGGUCCCUUUCAAGUUCGAAUUAACGAGCCUUUACUGUAUUUCAUUUUUGCUUGUUUCAUGUUUGAUCAGUUACAGUAAUCACGGAUUGAAAUGCAACAUAGUUUUAUUAGUUUAAUGCCGGCUGUGAGCAAUUGCUUGUGAUAACAGUGACGUGCCGCUGCAAAUCUGGCCUCUAAAGAUAAUGUUGGCUCUGAUGUAGCUGUUUAAGUAAAAGUGAAGCUGAUAUGACUCAAACUGUAAAUGCUGGAAACGAAAGUAUGUGAAUUACUUAGCCCUAAAUUUUCACUUUUCAAUCUGCGAGUACUGUACAACUGAUGAAGCAAUGUAUUUGGAAACUACUCAAAUGGUAUUCAACAUUUUUAUAGAAACAGUGAGAUUUGAGGACUGGAACGAAUAGCCCAGCAUUCACCUCAUAAUUCAGAAAUUUUCAAUAUUCACUUACCCAUGCAAUAUAGAAUAACUAUGAAAGCCGUAUCAUGUCAUGGAUGUGUCACUGGAGAAACAUGGUGCACGCAUGCCUCAGCCGUCAGCCACCAUACGUGUAACAAUUACCUUACAUUUAUUACUAAAAACAUCCCCUAUACUUUCCUUGGCAUGAUUGUCUGUUAGUUCUCAUUAAUAUUAUGAAAGCCAGUGUAAGAAAAGCGAGAACAAAUACAUAAAGCUCCCUUCUCUUCUACCGAGUAAAGCUGAUACUUUUAAUUGGUGAUGUGGCUAUAGUUUCUGAUAUACUACACUUUUACCAAAGACUACUUUCGCUGGGCAUUCUGAGAUCUGCACAACAACUGGGUCUAAUGCAUAUGCAUGCGUGUGGGCUAUAAACUAAUAGCCUUCAGUGGAUUGAAACUCGGGCUUCUGAGAGAUGGUUAUGCCAGUCCUGGAACUUUCAUAUCUCUCGUUUCACUGGCUGCCUCCUUAAGCAGGCUAAGUGGGAUGAGGGCUGUUGCUACGGUCUUGGGUGCCCUGCAAUUUCCAAAAUGCUUGUGCAUGGGUUCGUUGCCGUAUCAUGUCAUGGAUGUGUCACUGGAGAAACAUGGUGCACGCAUGCUUCAGCCGUCAGCCACCGUACGUGUCACUCCAAUAGGAGAAUGUAUCGUGCUCACUGUUUCCUUUCCUUCGGCAGGUUAGCCCUGUAAUGGGGAUCUCUUAAUGGCGUAGUUUCAUUCAGUGACUACUGGAGGACAAACUGGUGUUAAGUGGAAUGCAAAAGCAGUAUAUCAGCUUCCAUAGAGGGACAAUGUGCUUGAUGCUUUUCAGAUUAUUCUUUGAAAGUGCAUGACGCGGUAGAAUUUUCAGCGCUUUAAGUAGGCCUGUUUGGUUUUCUUACAUCAGUAGAUUGAUGUAAUUCUUGAAGUGGCAUCAAUGAGAGACCUAUCAAAAUGCAUUAUUCUUUGGGAAGCUCUGUAAGUGGCCUAGUGGCACUUUAAGUGGCACUUUA